CCGAAACUCUUACAUGGCAGACCGACAGAUUGUUUUGUAACAGUUUUUCUAAACCUGUCCAAUGGGAACACGUGGUUUCCAUCACAUGAUGCAGCGUUUACAUAACUGUUUUUCCCCUUCCUGUGCUUCAUUGAGAAUUAUUUCGGUGUAUGCUGGACCAGACCAUGACGGACGGAGUGUAUCUUCAAGCUGCGUGCGUAGCUACUUGAGUGGAUGUACUUAACUACAAUCCUGUGAACAUGGAGACAGAGAGUGAGACUAUGCUGCAGCUUGCAGCCGAGGCUUUUCAGUUGCAAAACUUCGACCUGGCAGCGGAUAUCUACGAGUGUCAACUAGCGGGUCUCAGAGAUCCGGGGGGCCGGUGCGAGCUGAUGAUAAAGCGGGCUGACGCCCUCGCUUUCGGGGGUAAAUUCACCGAAGCCUUUGCUGUGUACCGACAAGCGUCUGAGCUAGAGAGGCUGAGACCGACCCACCUGGAGAACCUCGUACAGUAUAUGUCAGGUAAUAUCAGGAGGCAACAAAUCGGAGCCAGUCAUAACAGGUGCGCGGGUAGAGUAGAGGCGGCAGAGGCACUUGGGUGCCCGGACUUUGGUGCCACGGGUUGCGGGUACGAAGACUUCUCCUGUCGGAUAUGUCUAAGUUUUCUCUUCGAGCCAGUGACCCUGCCAUGUGGACACUGUUUCUGUAAGAAGUGUCUGGAGAGAGAGAAGAAGGAGAGAAAUCAGCCAGUGAUCUGCAGGGAGUGCAGGGACAGUUCCAGGGUCGCAGAUGUCCAGAGCUACAGGGUCAAUGUGGUCCUCAGCAACUUGUUGGCCAAAUGGUUCCCGACCCUACACCAAGCCGGGCGGCUGAGACGAGAGGGCAACGGACUGUAUGCCGACAAGAAGGUUGAAGCAGCGCUGGAGAAAUACGACGAAGCUAUAUUGAUAGCCCCUUUGGACCACAUACUGUUCAGUAAUCGCUCUCAGAUUCACUCCAGUCUUAAACACUAUGAGAAGGCCCUCAGAGACGCCGAGAUGGCCUGCAGACUCAUGCCGCACUGGUCCAAGGGUCAUGUUCGGAAGGCACAGGCUCUAAUGUCACUGGGCAGGACAGAGGAAGCUCUGAGGGAGUACCUGCUCUGUCUCUCCUUAGAGCCUGAAUGUAGACUGGCCAAGAACGAGGCUCACAAGCCCAACAGUCAAACUUCGUUGUCAUCACAGUCGAGCCCUGCUUCUGCUCCUCCCGCACUGAACAGGUUAGAUGACAGUGACGUCAAAGGUCAGGAAAAGCCUGAGGUCAGGAGGCUGGAUCACUCUUUACUUCUUAAAAGGAAACGGACAUGCACAGAGGUCGAGGUGGAAGGGGCACGACAACAGAGAAAGAGAUCCAAGUCUGAGCUAGAAGAGGUGACUGGUUCUAUGAGUCCUGAUGUCAGGGAUUUCUUUGACCCAGCCGAUCUGGAGUGUUCUCUUUGUAUGAGACUUUUCUAUGAGCCCGUGACAACGCCGUGCGGUCACACUUUCUGUCUUCGGUGUCUGGAAAGAUGUCUGGACCACAACCCAAAAUGUCCUCUCUGUAAGGCGGAGCUGUCUGAGUACCUGGUCAAGAGGCAAUACUGUAAGACAGUAUUAAUGGAAAACCUGAUAUCUAAGUAUAUUCCGACUGAACUCACAGAAAGACAGAAAAUCCAUCAGGAAGAGGUGGCUGAGCUCUCAAAUCUUAACAACAAUGUGCCUAUAUUUGUGUGCACCAUGGCCUUCCCCACUGUGCCCUGUCCUCUCCAUAUCUUCGAGCCCUGCUACAGACUGAUGAUCCGACGAUGCAUGGAGACAGGGACCAACCGUUUUGGCAUGUGUCUGGAAGACAACCUCAAAGGAUUCGCAGACUUCGGCUGCCUGUUGGAGAUUCGCGAUGUGAAAUUCUUCUCCGAUGGCCGUUCAGUUGUGGACACCAUUGGCAGACGGAGGUUUAAAGUUAUUCAGCACAGCGAGAGGGAUGGAUACAAUACCGCUGAUAUAGAGUACCUCGAGGAUGUUAAGGUGGAGGGUGUGGCAGAGAUUGAGCUGCAGUCACUUCACGAUACAGUGUACGACCAGGCCCUGGUGUGGGUCAACUCCCUGAAGACGGAGCAGAAGGAACGCAUUGAAGGACACUUUGGACCCAUACCUGGGAAAGACUUGGUGCUUCAGGCCAGUCCGAAUGGUCCUUCAUGGUGUUGGUGGUUAUUAGCUGUUCUUCCGUUAGAAGGGCGAGCCCAGCUGCCUUUCCUGGCCCUUACCUCUCUGAAAGAUCGCCUAAGCGGCAUACGAAAGGUGCUGCUCUUCAUGGCACACAGCAGGCAUCGAUGACGUGCUUUUCAACAAGCACGUAUCCACCUGGAAUGGGCCGUAAACCACCUCAUCCAAAGCUGCAGUUGAACCAUUGUUCUUCCUUGGUGCACAAAGAACUGAUUGUUAUGUUGCACCUUAUCUGUUGUAGCACCUUCCUAUUCAGGUAGCAGUUCUGAGCUCUAUACUGUGUGUAUAUAUAUAUAUAUAUAUAUGUGUGUAUAUAUAUAUACUGUAUACUUCAUAAGAAAACUUACAUUUAUAAAAGACAUAAAAAUUGUAAUAGAGACCUGAAAUAACUGACACUAUAUCAUCCAUGCUUAUUUUCUCUACUCAUCAUACAGAGAAUGCAUGCAGACCUGCACACAUAAGCUAGACAGGAAGAAACUGUGACUGCUUCAAGGGAGUGUGAAUAGGAUUUGAUGGUACCUCCUCCACAAUUUAAUAUAAUGUAGCUUCCUUUUUGUAAGUGUGAUUCUGAUGCAUAGAACAGUUUUCUCAAACCCUUCCAACGUUUCAUUAGCUGGGGGCCACACAUCUAAUGCCCAAAGCGUUAUGAUGCCCCGGAAAGGACCUGAACGCGGCACAUUAAGCAGAGUGCAGGGUCUCUCUGCAUUUACAGAAAACCACCACACCUCAAAGCAAGUCAUACCUGAUGAUGGAGAUCAUUUUUGUAGUCCAUCCAUGUUGUGUAAAGAAACACACCGUCUGCCUUUAAGUUAACUGACCAUUUACAAAACUAUUAGAUUUGGGUUAAAACCAAAUGAUUAUCUAGCGGUGAACUUUGAAUGUCACAGUAACAGUGCUAUUGUGCACAUGCCCACUGUAAUAUUCUGUCUCAAUUCUUCAUGUAUACAGCAAGAUUCUAUCGGGCCAAUACGUUUGAUUUGUCCAGGUUAGAAUGUUGCCUUUCUUGCUGUCUUCCAUUUUUGUAGUUCCAUGGUCUUCCUUUUGCUUACAUGGAAAAAGACACAAAAAAGAACACAAUCUCAGUUUGAUGGGAGUGUUAUCUUUAAAGCUCAUCAUAACUGGCUGUCCAAAGAUAAUUGCUAAUUUCUUAUCCCAAUACUUUUAUAUAUAAAUCUACUGCACAGGGCAACUUCUAUUAAUUCCCUGUAUGUCCCUGUAGUCAUUCUGCAGUACAUCAAUGUUCAAUUGAAUGCACUCACAAAAGUAAGUGUUAUAGUGUAGACAUAACAUGUUUUUUUAUACUUCCUAACUGAAACAAUAUUUUUUGACAGCCAUUCUGUCCUCUUUACAUCAUUUAAGUGAUGUCCCCGUCUUCCUCUGCAUCACACAAUUCAAUAACAAACUCAACCUGUCCUUUUCUGAGGGUGCUUAAAGACUAUUGCUCUUGUGUUUAGUUGAUCCUUUUUUUGUGGUGUUUUUUUUUUUUAUUCCAUUAUUUAUUUUGUCAUUAUUUAUGCACGCAUUGAUAUAUGUUUCACAGAAAGAGAUGUUUACUUUCUUAAUGCUGCUCUUAACAAAACCCCCAAAUCCAUCAGCAAUAGUAAUCAUGUUAUUAUAAAGUAUUAUUUCUUUUUUUUUUUUUUUUUUUUAUAAAUGAAAAGUAAAAGUUGUCGAAAACAGAAGCAUGUAGGGAAAUUGUGCAACCAUGAAGUGAAGAUGGCAGCUUUUAAAACCUGUGCACCACAAACUCGAAUUGAAAAUGUGAAUUGAUUUGCUCCCUGACCACCUAUGUUAUAAUCUCAUCCAACCAUAGACUGUAUGGCUGCAUAUGUGUGUUACAUGCCUCCACAAUGUCUUAGAGGCUUUGAUCAAUGAAAUCAAACUGGGCAGGCAAGGAACAAAAAGCCAUUAGCCACAACACCUCCAAUGUGGAUACAUAUCAAAAAGAUAUUACAGACGAAGAGAAAAAUGUAUUCCUGGAUAAAUAUCAAAGAGACAGAAGGAAAGGAAAAACUUGCCUGAAAUUGAAUCAAAUAUGCUUAUGUUGUUUUUGCAGAACAGUGAAAUAAAUGUUUCAACAUUGA